ACAAGCUACGCCCAUCUUUGAACUAGCCCUUGAACAACAAAGAACUAAUUUGAGGUUGAAAAUGGCUGAAUCUACAACACUGAAUGCUGCUAGUUCCCCACAGUUGAUGGACGGACUCACUCCCGAUGAUUGGGAUAGGGUAUGAUAUUCACAUGAUAGAUAGAUAUUCAAUGAUCAGUUCAUUCUCCUAGUGCCUAGAUGUACUUGUUGACCACCCAUAAACACACUUGGCAUCAUUCAUUCAUCACAGUAUAGUGCCUACACUCUACCCUGUCAGUGUGAGGUGUUUUAUCUCAUGUUGUUGUUCUCUCCACAUGUACCACUCUCUCUGGAUGGACAACAGUGGAACAUUGAGGUACGUUGUGUGCAAUCACAUUCUACCAAGCUGACAUGCUUGUGCUCUGAGCACUUGUUGUUAGGAGGUAGACAGUGUAAAGAAGAGCACAUACGGAUAACUGAAUGUGAUACUAUUCCUUAAUUGAGACCAGUAGAUCUACUCGUAUAGUAUUCCCUGAAAGUAUGCAUGGUUAAUCAAGUGUUUCAGUCUGCAUGUUUGGCUUUAUCACUGCACUAAUGUUCUCUUCCUUCCAUUUCAUGCAUCUCCACCUCACCUUUGACUGACCCUCUGAAACAACAGAUUGUAAGUUGGUGUGUGUUGUCAGAGUAUUUAGUGCCUGUUGCAUAUUCUGUGAUGUUUCUACUUCCCCAUUAUUACUCUUGUGUGUGUGCAGUGCCAUAGUGUUAUAUAGGGAAAUAUUUAGUAUGAUCACAUUCAAUCUCGUAAUCAUUCAUUUACUAUCUUCCCACGUGUUUGCCCUGUGGACUCUCCCUCUCUGGAUCAACAGCAUGUAAGUUGUGUUUGCACGUGUACACUUAUUUUAAUGGUUACUAUAGGAACUCCUACACUAAUUGUAGGAAAUCAUAAAAUGUCUUUAUCUCUCAAUUUGCAUAUUGCCAACUACAAAACUUAUUUAAUUUAAUUUAAUUUAGGUUGUACUUUUAAUACUUUUGUUGGUUCAUAGAAUAUGCAUCUAAGUUGGUACAUUAUCGUGUUUGUCUCUUCCCAUGCACACACUCAUUCCUAUGUUGGACCUCACACUGAUUUGGACUACUGUAGAAGGUGAGCUUCUUACGGGUACUCAAUGUCCAUACACUAAAAUGGUUCAGCUGCAAUGUGUACGGAUGUACUGGUUACCUAGCAUGACUAGUGUGUCCCUUGUCCUCUAGAGCUGACCCUCUCCCUCGUAUAGGGUAGACCACGGCUACGAGGACGAUAUCAGCCUCCCAGUUUGUGGUUACCCCAGGUGUAGGCCAGGGCACAUUACACAUGCUCCAAACUUGCCCAAAAUGUUUGUACUGACUAACUUUCCUAAAUCUGCAUGUAGGUAAAUUUCCGAACAGUAACCUUGUACUAUUCAUAGUCCAAUUAUUUUUACGCACAAUUUAGAAAUACCACACAUGUACAUGCAUUGUGUACAUUGUGUACAUGUAAAUUCCCCAACUAAUUAAGUUCUUGGUUUCUCAAGAUUGUUCCCAAGAGCUUUAAUGUGCCAGGUCUAGAUGUAUUCCACUUGUUGCUAUGUGUAGUCAGUCCCAUACACACCAGCGUUCAACUGAUCUGAUGUCUUGUAUGUGUGUUAAGAUUAAAUCUCUCCCUCACAUGUACCAUUUGAUGUCUCUCAGAGUACCAUUGAGGUAUGUUGUGAUUGUGUGUGUGUCUCAUGGAGUGCGUGUGUUGUAUUGUACGACAAACAAAAUCAUACGUAUCAAAGUUGUACAUGUAAGAUGCUUGUUGUACCGUUUACCGUCCCUUUCACUGACCCACCCACUGACCCUUCCAUUAUCUGCCAUUGCUAGUACUAAGUACCUGUGUGUGUACUAGCCAGUGUGUGUACUGAUUUACUACCAGUGUGUUCAUAUCCCUCUCUUCUCACAUGUACCCUCUGUGGACUGUUACUCAACAACAGACUGUGAGUUUAUUAUUGUCAGUGUGCGCUAGCUGAGCAUUAUAUAUUUAAUGGCAAACUAGACUGACUUGUGUACAUGUACUACUGCAUGAAGGCAGAAAUUGUGUGGCUUUAUUUAGGAUUGGUACUGCUCUUGAUAGUUUCAUGCUGUACAGACGUGUACUUGCAAUAAUUGAUGUAUACGUGUGUGAAUGCAUUCGUGUAUUUGAACAUGUUCAUUUCUCUACAUGUCCGUGUCCUACUGCUUGUUAAUGUGACUACUGCUAAUGAUUACUGGAACAACAGAAUGUAAGUUACAGUAUACAGACAUGUAUGAAUGCACUCACUGCUCCUACCAUCAUCCCCCUCUCUCUGUUUCCAUGUGUGUCUUACGCUGGUGUCUCAUUGGACUAAACAGAAGGUGAGCGGGACACUGCACUGACUUGUGACUGUACUUGUGUCAGUAAUGUUUGAUUUGUACGUAUGAGAACAUGCCGUGUAAUAUAAAUUAUUGACAUCAUAGUGUACAGGUUUGUGAUUAUAUUCUUUUCUCUCCAUACAUUUCCAUGGUUACUGAAUAUCUGGAACAAUAGAGAAGGAAUGCUAUUAAUGAGAGUAAACUCAAGAGUCAAAAGACGAGAAGAGCUGCCCUCCAACAGAGACUGUCUGGUGACAUCACUGACCAGGACCGGAGACAACUGCAGGGAGAGCUGGAGGAGGUGGAGGGGAAGAUCAAGAAGUGUGUCUCAGAGAUACAAAGGCGUGAGGGGUUCAUACAUAACAGUGAGAAUAAGAUUGCUGAGAUACGAGGAAGACCAGAGGAGAGGCGGAGAAAGGAAGCACAUCUAGCACAUCUAGCACGUUUAGAAUCAAAGCGGUUGUUUGAUGAGGCGAUGAAGCACGGACACGUCUUGGUCAACAUUGUCAACAUGCUCGUGUUUGGACCGGCGGGAACAGGGAAGACCAACCUCAAGCACCUGCUAACUGACAAGCCCCCUCCACUACAGCGUGACAGCACUCCUUGUAUGGAAAAGCCAGUACGCAUUCGCCCCGUGUCCAAUGCAAAAUUCAAAACAACUGGAAGAGGCUGGGAAGAGAUGUCUCAGUCAAAGCUGCUCAAUCUACUAGCUCAAAUCAUCGCCAAGCUACCAAAAGAAAGCACCGAUCACCUAGUUGGAAAAAGUACCGAUCGUUUAGUUGAAAGAAGCACCGAUCAAUCCACGGCAUCAAGAAUUGCCAAGAGCUUGAAAAAGAUGAUCACGGCAUUAAGGAUUCCCAAGAGGAUGACCACAACCAAGACAAAAUCUGGUUCCAAAUCCAGCCCAUCGAACGAUUCCGAUGAACUUUCUGGCUCUGCAAGAUUUUUGGACGAAGCCAUCGAUGAAGUGAUAGCGAGUGUAGUGAGUGGUGUGGCAGAAGAGCUGAAGCCAGCCACACAGAGAACUCGCAAACUGUCGAGCAGUGACCAGCAAGAAGGAGAACUGUUUGAUUCCAACUGGGUGUACGUUACCGACUGCGGCGGUCAGCCGCAAUUCCACGACAUCAGCCCUCUCUUCAUCAAGCACAUUUCAGUGGCGUUGAUAGUCCUACGUUUGAUUGACGAACUCUCCAGUUUCCCUUCUGACGAGUACUACAAGGAUGGGCAGCUUGUUGGUAGUCCUCAUGCAUCUCACAUGACCCUCGAGGAGACACUUCAGAGUCUCAUUCGAUCCAUUGAGUCCCAUACCUCACAAGACAAGAAGCCAAAGAUGAUCUUUGUGGGCACGUUCUUAGAUCAGCUCAAGAGCUUGGAUACUCUUAUCAAGAGGAAUCAAGAGAUUCUCGACAUGCUGCCACCCGAUAUCAAGAAGCUAUUGGUGUACAACGAUCUUGCGUUGAACAAUCUGAUUUUUGGUCUCAACACGAUCAGCCGAGAUGACGAUUCACUGGCCACUGCCGAUAGGAUUAGAAGUGCUGUUGAAUGCUCUAUUCCGCUACAAGUCAAAAUGCCCAUCUGGUGGUCCUUCUUGGAUUCACUUCUCCAGAGUUUAUCUGCCACUCUCGAGCGAGGUGUACUGAGCAAGCAAGAAUGUCUCCGAUUAGCCACUCGAUUUCAUUACGUGCUCCAAGAUCUUGAAGCUGCUCUGGUCUUCUUUGACAACGUGUGUAUAGCGCACUACUAUCCCUCCAUUCUCCCCAACACAGUGUUUGUGGAUGCCCAGAUUCCACUAGACAAGAUCACUGAGCUCUCACAGUACGCCAUCUCUCUGAGGACUCCUGAAGUCAAAUCAUCCUCUACUCUAAGCACAAGAGGGACUGAGGCCAAGUGGAAGAGAUUUCGAGACAAAGGCAUAGUCAGUUUAGAGUUCCUACGACCUUUCAAGAAGCAUUACGUUGAAGGUAUCUUUUCUCCAGAAGACAUGCUGUUGAUCAUGAAAGAGCUUCUCGUGAUUGCUCCCAUUGCACUAGUGGAGGCCACUACCCACCAAGCCGAGUUCUUCAUGCCAUCUCUACUCACAUCUAUCCCACCUGCUGAGUUAGACAAAAUUCGUUCGUCGUUCACAAUAGCGCCCCUUGCUGUCUACUUUCGUAGUGGGUGUAUUCGCUCUGGAGUCUUUUGCUGUCUAGUUGUGGACAUGAUCAAGAGGGUGGGCUGGAAAGUUUUGCUCCCUUCUGGCGAAACAAGCAUUUUUGCUAAAAAUUGUAUCCAGUAUGAAAUCUCCGAUCUCCCGUGUACCGUGACUCUGAUCGACUCCUUCUCAUAUAUGGAAGUGUAUAUCGACAUCCCUGUUUCUCUUCGCAAUGAAGUAUGCCCUAUGAUUCGAAACGAAAUUUUGCACAGCAUUAAAUUGUCCUGUGCAGUGUUGCAUUACAACAACGACACACCCAAGACAGCCAUCUUUUGCCCAUGCAAGAAGAGCACUGGCAAAUUACAUCUUGCUGAUGUGAUCGAACGGAGUGGCUGUAAGUUUUGGAAGUGCUCCCUUCAGACACGUGUGUGGGGAGAGCUCAGUGAUGAACAUAAAAUCUGGCUGGACAGUAGCGAAGGUUCUGGAAAACCAUUGUCUGCUACGUACGCGGGAGGUACUUGUACUGAGAGAAAGAGUGAUCAGCAGCCACAAUCUGAAGUUUAUCUUUGUUUCCCUGGUGAAGGCUCCUCAGAUGUUAACACUGAAAGAAAGAGACAUCAGCUGCAAUACUCUGGUCCAUCGUCCCCUGUAAUGGAACCUGUGUGUAGAAUGAGUGAUCAAUAUACCAGAAAACCAUCGUCUGCUACGGGAGGUACUUGUACGAAGACUGAGAGAAAGAGUGAUCAGCAGCAAUACUCUAUCAAUCAAUGUGGGACUCUGGCCAAUGUUGUUAGUAGCACUGGAUCUGGAAUGAGUGAUCAACAGCCUUGUUUGAGUGAGCAUGGUAAUUCUGUAAUGGAAGAUGUGUGCACGGAAGUACAUGAUCAUGAUCAGCACAUUAUUUCUGACAAAUUGUCUCCUGCAAUGGAACAUGUGGUCAAUACAACGAGUGAUCCACAUCAACAUACCAUAAUGGAAGAUGUGUGUAAGAAGACUGGAGUGAGGGACCAACAACUCAAUCAAGAAAUCCCUGAGAGUGACAUCAUUCUAAUCGCGGGGAAAUGUCCUCACCUGCUGAACGUGCACAAGGCUUUGACAAUCAACGAUCUACAACAUGUUUACGAGAAACUACAUGAAAGUGCCAGCCCUCACUGGUUCGAUCUGGGAUUGGCUCUAGGUCUAACUUAUCCUGUUCUCACCAAGAUCAAUAUCAAGUGUUGUGAAGAUAAUGUAUCAUCCUUGCGUGAAAUGUUGGCCAAGCUCCUGAGUACACAACAUGUAACAUGGAGUCUCCUGUCAGACGCUCUCAAAAGGCCCACUGUGGAUCUCAUCAAUUUGGCUGAUAGCAUCACAGGAAAACCAUCGUCUGCUACGGGAGGUACUUGUACUGAGAGAAAAUGUGAUCAGCAGCAAUACUCUAACACAGCUGCUGAUGUCACUGAAGGAGAUACCUCACAAGAUGUCCUCACUUCAUAUCCACACACCAUUCCCUCAGGAGCUGGUGGACUGAGGACUGUGACCAUUGAGGAAUUGAAGGAGCGUACAAAAGUGACCGACUCUCAACUUGACACUGAAAUUGAAGAGACAGACAUGUGGGACCUGGCAGAUCACUUUGACAAUGUGGAGACCUACCCUGCUAUGUUGGGGCUGAGCCCUGCUGAACAGAAAGAUGUUAAAUACGCUUUGUUUCUGAAUGACAUGCAAACAGCAAUGUUUCAUACUCUAAAGGUGUGGAGACAGCAUAAUCCAGGUGCAGCCACGUACCGAGCACUAGUGGACAUUGUACUGGAUAUGAGAAUGGAAGAAUUGGCCACUUACAUUUGUCAGUCAGCAGCUAGUACACGAAGAGGAGCAACUGCCAAAGAUUUCUUUGAGAAUCUAAAACCUUUGUGUACAGUCAAGACCAUCAAGGCAUUUUGGGGUGUGGUCAACAAUAUUCGUCCCAUAGAGCAGUUGGGCGAGAGAGAGAGCUACCAUCUUAUGAGGAAUGAGAAUAGGAGACCUAUUUGGGAGGACUCUGAUAAUGCUCAUGGUGGAUUGUGGUCAUUCAAAGUCAGAAAGAUGCACACAACCAAGGUAUGGCAGGAGCUGUUGUUGGCUGCUGUGGGUGAGCAGUUCUCAGAGUGUGUGGGCGGUGGUGACUGUGUGUGUGGUGUGAGUGUGAAGAUAAGAGGGUUCGAUCAAGAAAUCGUACAGAUCUGGAAUGAAGACAUGCCUGUCCUCUCAAAGAGCUACUGUUCUGUUGGACAGGAAAUGGUCCUCAACUUUAUCAACACUGAGGAGAUCAGCUCUGGGGUGGAGUUGUUGGAAGGGUGUGAGUGUGUGGUGCACUUUGACCCCUGCUAGCCGUGCUGGUGGGGCCGGGGAGGGGAGAAUGAGGUACAUAAGAGUUCCAAUAAAGAAGCAUCACUGGGCAAAGAUAAUUCUCAAGUCUCUCUCUGGGAGGUGGUUUCAGACUACACCCAUUUCCUGUGUUGAGGAGCACAACAUGUGAUGACUAAGAGGUGUAAUAACUAGGGACAGAAUAGGUGUGGCUUAGUGGUUAGGGUGGUGGCUUAGUAGAUUAGAUGAUAGAUAAGGCGUGGGUUCGAUUCCUUCUUGGGGACUUUCUUUACAAAUCAGUUAAUAAUAUCCCUAAAUUUUGAAGUCAUCAUACUCCUUCUCAAGUACAUACAAGUUGGGGUGUCGCCCGGUUUCUGUGAAACAAAGUUUCACGGAAACCGGGCGACGACCCAACUUACCCUUUUUGGUAGACUAGGUUCUGUCUCUUUUUUUUGUAGAAAUGGCCGAAAUUAUUUAACAAUGUAAUUGUGGUUUUGCUCUGCAAAUCUCUGUUGCAAGUGCACGUACUGUUGAUUUGUGCUUAUGUAAUGUAGUUCUAUAGGUUUCCCAGUAAGGCACUGCAAAAAGGUUCUAUAUUUAUGCCUCAGUGCCUGUAUCCUCCUCUAUAGGUCCAGAUUAUCAAGUAGCGUGUCCAAGGAGGACAGUAAGAGAGUCGUCACCUUCCUCAACCACCCAGGACUACAUCUCAUUCAGCAGGGGUCAAGUACCUGUGCGGAAGGCGCCCCCUGAACCACCCACUACCCCUAACGAUCCUCCAAUCGUCCCCCUGUACCCCCAGAUCUUGCUGCUAAGAAGAGGUCGCGAGGGUCAAAGGACAGAGGUCAUGAGGCGGCAGAUAAAGGGGAGGACCAUAAUACCAUUGACUAUCGAACAGCCA